AUGGCACUGCGACCCUCCGAGUUCACCUUCACCGAGGACCGUCUUAGAGAGAUCUGGCGCGACCCGGAAAACCUCCGACGGAGAAGUCAAUAUGAGAACUAUGGACUCGUCGACCAUGAAUCUGAACACGGCCUUCCAGACCCGAGAAUUAUCGCAAGGACUAUCGAGAUUCUCGGCCAACAACCCGUUACUUCUCCCAGCAUCUUGGAAGCCCUACCGUCCGGGAAAAUACUCGGAAGUGGCUAUAUGCUGCCCAGCCAUGGCGCAGUGGUUACUGGCCACGUGGUGCCAGAUCCUGUCUGGGACCGAUUGGUAGUUACAAACUUCGUCAACACCGCUGUGCUUCGUCUGGUGCUAUGCAUUGCGCAGGCGCAGCUGUCAAGAGAGUAUGGUCCGGCGUCCAUCGUACGGUUGUUGAAUGGCACCAUCCAACUCCUCAGAGUGAGCCUCGACCUCGCCACUGAAAGCGGAACCAGCGAUGAGAAAUGGACGGUAGUGUGUGCUUUUCUCUGGACGUCCUGGUCCCGGCUUUUGCUCCUCUUACUCGGCCCGAUGAUGGGCAGGCAGCUUGAAGGGUUUGAUUACAAUGUCCGGGGGUUAGGCUCGAUACGACUUUUGGAUGUUGUCCCGGAGAUUGUCGAUUGUCGCCGUCGGCUACAGCAGAGGGAACUACAAGCCACUCCCUAUCUCUGUGCCUGGGCUUAUCGCAACCUCGUCGAUGACCGAGCAUGCAUCUCGACCGAUCUCCGGUAUUUUCAUCAAGUGUACCAUGCUUGCUUUGGCACGAGACCGGCAAUAUGCAACCAGGGAGCUAAUCAAUGCGAUGGCCUUUCUUCCAUCUCCUGUGCUCGGUUCGAGCACACACCAGUGCACAAUCAGUCGUCUCAUGCCUCAGGAUGCAAGGGGGACUGCCAACGGCUCUUUUGGAUUAGGAAGUCUUUUGUCGCCGUAUCAGGUCCCAAGGCAGUUGAUUUAGCUGCCACAAAUGCCAUGGGCCUACGUUACUGCCAGUCAACAGAGGAUACCUUGACCAUAUCCCACGUCUGGAGCCACGGUCAAGGCGGCAGGCCCGAUGCUGGCGGCGAAGAAGGCACAGGCUUCAACUCAUGCUUGCACCGCCGAUAUUCUGCCUUGGCCUCGUCACUGGGAUGCUCAUCGUACUGGAUAGACACCGCUGCAAUUCCCAGCGAGAAAGCUCUGCGGCGGGAAUGCAUAACAAAUAUCAACCAGAUAUUUUCGACAAGCAAGACCACUGUUGUCUGUGACAGGGACAUUAUGAGUGUCGAUAUUUCCAGAAUCACUGUCGAGGCUUGCGAGCAGAUCCUGGCAGCCCUUCUUGUAUGUGAUUGGAAUAUGAGGGCAUGGACCCUACUCGAGGCAAUGACAGGCCGGCGCUCCCUCCACCUGCUGUGUCGUGACGACAAAUUGAUCAGUAUCAAAGAAGUUCUGCAGACCGUCUAUACUUCUGGGCGAAUCGAUCUAGUGAUACCGUACAUGAUGCGCUCCUAUCUCCUGCCCCCGGACGAUAUCACUGACAUAGAACUAUUCGACGGCGGUGGCUCCGUCGCGACAGAAGAAGACUGCCAACUUGCCGAAGGCUUCAUCAGUAUCGGCGAGGCCGCCGUCCUUCUGAGCCAUAGGCACGCCACUCGCGAUGACGACGAUUUGAUUAUAUGGAAUAUCCUCAUCGGCGAUGAUGGAAGCUAUGAUGCUGCCGAGAUGUGGAUGCGGCAGAUAGGCAAGAGGAUACCGUCUGGAGCGUUGGUUUCAAGUGCGCCCAGACUCCAGAAUGUACAGGGCUUUCACUGGGCUCCUAGUCGUCCGACAAUGUCUCGAAGGACGAAAGGUAUCUCGCCGCACGACAAAACUUUUCCUGCUCUUGACAGUGUCGACUCCAAGGAUGGAUACAUUACGGCUGAAGGUCUACGUGCCAAGUGGCUCACCUUCAAGUUCGAUACUGCUCUGCUCACGCAUCGGAAGGAUACACCCUUUGAUGUAAUCACCUUGAAGCCCUUGGCGGAGGUUGUCGGUCGUUAUCUCGAGCUUCUUCCUUGGGGCAUUCUGCUACAGGUCUGUCCGGCAAGGGGUCCUGCAAAUGUCCCUAUUACGUACCAGGGAUCUAGCAAUCAUCUACUAGUCGUCUGCGGCUCGCAAGACGGGGAACACUGGGAAUGGAAGGGUAUAUACGAAUGGGACCGGCACGUUCAACUGCCUGAAUUCACUCUGGGAGAUAUACUGCUUGUUUAG